AUGACAGACCGCUACCUGGCGCUUUCCCCAGGGCUCUCCACACCAGAGGAGCUGUCUCCAGGCUCUGGAACACACCUGGGGCAGGCAGGAUGGGGCCGCGGGGAGGUGGGUUCCCUGCCGGCUCCGGCCCCCCGCCGCCCCCGCCGCCCCGGCGCCCGACCGCCGCCGUACCCCAACGGCUGGUAUCGAGUCCUCGACUCCGCGCAGCUGCCCCCCGGGACCGUCCGCAGCCUCGCCCUGCUCGGAGAGCAGCUCGCUGCGUUCCGCACCCAGGACGGCCAGGCCCAUGUGGUGGACGCUUACUGCCCUCACCUCGGUGCCAACCUCGCUGCCGGCGGGCGCGUCGUGGGCGACUGCAUCGAGUGCCCCUUUCACGGCUGGCAGUUUCGAGGAGAAGAUGGAAAAUGCACCAGCAUCCCAUAUGCUGAAAAAGUGCCAGAUUUCGCCAAGGUCCGGACGUGGCCAUGCUGCGAGGUGAACGGGAUGCUGCUGCUCUGGUACCAUUGCGACAGGACUGGCCCGACGUGGGCUGUGCCCGAGCAGCCACAGAUCGCCGCCAAGGAGUGGGUGUUUCGGGGACAGACAGAGCACUUUGUGGACGCCCACAUCCAGGAAAUCCCUGAGAAUGCGGCUGACACAGCUCACCUGGUCUUUCUCCAUGGACCGUCUUUUCUGAGUGGAUCCGAUCUGAGAUACACCAAGUCCAAGGUGUGGGAUUUUAUGAAGCACGUCUGGAAGGCCGAGUGGCAACCGGAGCCAGAGCCCAACCAGCAUUGCUCCCGCAUGCUGCUCCAACACACCGCAACCAUGUUCGGGAAGCACUUUCCCUUGCUGGACUUGUCGGUUUCAGCCAGGCAGGUGGGGCCAGGGCUGGUUUUCCUCAUCUUUGAGCACGCUUUCCUGGGCCACGGGGUCAUCCUGCAGACUGUGACACCACUGGAGCCUCUCCUGCAGAACGUGGUCCACAAAAUCUACUACCAGAAGAAUGUGCCGGCCAUAGUCCCCAAGUUCAUCCUGAGAGCAGAGUGCAUACAGUUUGAGCGAGACAUAACCAUCUGGAAUAACAAACAGUACCUGCCUAAGCCGCUGCUGGUCAGAGAGGAUGCGAGCAUCCAGAAGCACAGGCGCUGGUUCGCGCAGUUCUACAGCGAGAAGAGCACGAGGCCCUCGGCGCCAAAGGAGGGCCUGGACUGGUGAGGACCCUGCUGCCCUCUGCAGUACGGCCAGAAGCUCUCAGGUGGCUCCUGGCAGGCAGUGGUGCUGUACAGACUUGAAACCCCUUGUGUUCAUGCUGCCGCAGGGAAGACAGCCCGAGCCCUGGCGCUCCCCUCUUUGUUCGAGGCACUGAAGCCCUGAGGUUGUAACAUGCUUGCUGUUGCACUUCUGCUGUCAUGUAUGUUCUGAGUUUGAACUUAAGACUGACAGAACUGCAUCUAAAACAUCCUUGUCUCUCACUGCUGUCAUCACUUUGUGUAGUUAAAUGAAACACUUUCCAUAUGGCCUUUUAUUGCCUGAAGUUUCCUUUCCCAGCCAUGCUUGCUGUUGCUUCUGCACCUCGGCUGGGGCAGGCUUCGGCUCUCUAGGGAAGCUUUGGCCAAUGUCUGUAUGGCAUCAGAGGUGUGAUUAUAAAGCCCACAGACAUUUGCUGUCUGCUAUCUGACAGCAGGCUGGGCAGCAUGGGUUUGACUGCCCACUUUGCCCUCACCAGACCUGUGGGCUUCCUUGAGCCUACUGAGCUCUGCAUGAGUGGAUUCCUCGUGCACCAAGUUGGGAAGCAGAGGGACCAUCCCAGUGACCAAACCACUUUGAGAACAUCUUUGCAGGUCAAGGAUGUUAAUAAGAUCCUGCUUUGGUAACCCCUGGAUUCCAGUGAUGCCAAGGAUGCCGAGACGGCUGUAAAAAUUUGUAUCUCACAGCAAGAGCACGUGUCACUUACUGUCACUGUGCUCAGAAAUUAACACAUAGAAAUCAGGCUGCAAAUAUGGCUAAAAGUGGUCUAGGCUCCCUUGUGCUUUGUGCCUAAAUGUUUGAUAUUAAAGGGCUAAAUUCUGCCUUGCUGCACACCCUAGAGAAACCUGUAUUCACUGUAGAAACAGCCUGCCUUGUAUAGUUUGCAGGACUCUGGCAGCUACGCAAUGCCACAAGCUUGCAAGAGCAAAUGCCCAAACAAAGCAGCUUUCCAAGCAGGCUGAGGGCUGCUGCCCUUGCACUCUGUGUGCUUGCUUGUGCCUUGUGAAUUCUGCACCUUGCUGAGGUUUCUGGUUCCUCCCUCACCAUUAACCCAUAGAGCAGGAGCUGGAGAAUGCCAUUGCAGGCUCUGCCAGUGCAGAGUUCAACGCCCACCCUGGCAAGCACCCCGGGUAACACUG